AUGGCCAACGAGAAGAACCCCGAGAAGCUGGAGGCCCAGGUCAAGUCUGCGGACAUGACUCUUGACAUGCAAGAGCAGGCUAUCGAGGUCGCAACCGAGGCUAUGCAAAAGUUCAACAUCGAGAAGGACAUUGCCCAGUACAUUAAGAAGGAGUUCGACGACAAGCGAGGAGCCACUUGGCACUGCAUCGUGGGCAGGAAUUUCGGAAGCUUCGUUACGCAUGAAACGAAGCACUUCAUUUACUUCUACUUGGGGCACUGCGCCAUCUUGCUCUUCAAGACGCAGUAG